GGAGAGGCUGUGCAGGAGGAGGAGAGGGGAGAGCGGUGGAGAGGCUGUGCAGGAGGAAGAUACGAUGACACUCCUCCACCCUGUACAGAAGGAGGGGGCGGGGCUUCCCUGAUGCGUCAGUGUAGUACUGCCUGCUCCCUCGCACUUUCAUCGCAGACGAGACCGAGCGAGAGAGAGAGAGGGAACGAGGAUAGAGGACAGAGAAGGGAACCGAAGCGUGCCUCGUUGCUCCAGUGCCUAGAGACCGAGCUGCCGUCCUGCUGUGCUGUGUGUGUGGGUGUGUGUUGUGUGUGUGUUGGGGGUAUGUGAGUGUGGCCGGCUGUCUGACUGACUUGUCUGUCUGUCUGGUCGAUUGACUCGCCGGCUGACUCGCGGCCGUGGACAGCAGACCGGAGCAUUUCGUGGCUCACGCCCUCCGCCCCCGCCACCCCCCACCACCCCGUCCCGGCGCCCCUCGGCGGGCCUCCUGGUCCCCGGCAGCCCCAUGAUGAAGGAGGAGGGAGUGCUCUGCCGCCGCCGCUUCUCCACGUGCGGCGGGACCUCGUCCGUGCGCCCCCCCCACCCCGACGGACGCAAGCUGAUCCGCAACGCCUCCUUCGGAGGCUAUAACGACCUGUCGCCCAUCUCCCUGCCAGGUUUCGACAGGGGGAAGGAAGACCUGCCCUUGCCGCUGAAAGAAGAUUCAUCCCACUCUAUAUCGAAGAGCAAGUCAGAGACCAAGCUGUACAAUGGCUCUGACAAGGACGUGUCAGCCUCCGGGAGCAAGCUCACCAAGAAGGAAUCUCUCAAGGUGCAGAAGAAGAACUACAGGGAGGAGAAGAAGAGAGCCACCAAGGAGCUGCUCAGCACCAUCACUGACCCCUCCGUCAUCGUCAUGUCCGAUUGGCUCAAGAUCCGGGGCACGCUGAAGAGCUGGACCAAGCUGUGGUGCGUGCUCAAGCCGGGCGUGCUCCUCAUCUACAAGACCCACAAGAACGGCCAGUGGGUGGGCACCGUGCUGCUCAACGCCUGCGAGCUCAUCGAGAGGCCCUCCAAGAAGGACGGCUUCUGCUUCAAGCUCUUCCACCCCCUGGAGCAGUCCAUCUGGGCUGUCAAGGGUCCCAAAGGGGAAGCCGUGGGCUCCAUCACCCAGCCAUUACCCAGCAGCCACCUCAUCUUCCGAGCUGCCUCUGAGUCUGAUGGGCGGUGCUGGAUGGAUGCUCUGGAGCUGGCUCUGAAGUGCUCCAGCCUGCUGAAGCGGACCAUGAUCCGGGAGGGCAAGGAGGAGCUGGCCAGCUCUGGGGAACACUCCCACAUCAACUUCUACAGCCUGCUGAGAGCCCACAACAUGCAGGGCUUCCAGUUCAACGACAGCGACCAGUUCAAAGACCCGGACCUGUACUCGGACAAGUCCGACCGGGAGAACGAGCCGGACCACGAGGAGUCGGACCCGGAGGGCCUGGAGAAGAGCGAGGAGAGCGACAGCGACACGUCGGAGCGCCAGGACGACUCGUACAUCGACCUGGACCCCAACGAGGCCCUGCGGGAGACCCCUUACCUGGAGCAGUCUCACGAGGAGCUGGGAGAGGCUGGCGAGGCGUCCCAGACAGAGACGGUGUCGGAGGAGAACAAGUCUCUGAUCUGGACCCUGCUGAAGCAGGUGCGGCCGGGCAUGGACCUGUCCAAGGUGGUGCUGCCCACCUUCAUCCUGGAGCCCCGCUCCUUCCUCGACAAGCUCUCCGACUACUACUUCCACGCUGACUUCCUGUCAGAGUCUGCAGUUGAGGAGAACGCCUACAACAGGAUGAAGAAGGUGGUGAAGUGGUACAUCUCGGGGUUCUACAAAAAGCCAAAGGGACUAAAGAAGCCGUACAACCCCAUCAUCGGCGAGACUUUCCGCUGCAUGUGGCUCCACAGUAAGACCAACAGCAAGACCUUCUACAUCUCUGAACAGGUGUCCCAUCAUCCCCCGGUAUCGGCCUUCUACGUCAGCAACAGGAAGGACGGCUUCUGUCUCAGCGGCAGCAUCCUGGCCAAGUCCAAGUUCUACGGAAACUCCCUGUCAGCCAUACUGGACGGAGAGGCUCGUCUGUCCUUCCUCAACAGGGGCGAGGACUACGUGAUGAACAUGCCCUACGCCCACUGUAAAGGUAUCCUGUAUGGCACCAUGACCCUGGAGCUGGCAGGUCAGGUGACCAUCACCUGUGAGAAGACAGGUUACAGCGCCCAGCUGGAGUUUAAACUCAAGCCGUUCCUGGGCAGCAGUGACAGUGUGAACCAGAUCUCUGGGAAGAUCAAGCUGGGGAAGGAGGUCCUGGCCACGCUGGAGGGACACUGGGACAGUGAGAUCUUCAUCAACGAUAAGAAGACGGGGGUGGUGGACACCUUCUGGAACCCCACCCCCGACCUGAGGCAGAGCCGGCUGACUCGCUGCACCGUGCCUCCGGAGGAGCAGGGAGAGUACGAGUCUGAGAGGCUGUGGCAGCAUGUGACUCGAGCCAUCAACAACAAGGACCAGACCGAGGCCACCAACGAGAAGUUCAUCCUGGAGGAGGCCCAGAGGAAGUCUGCGCGAGAGCGCAAGGCCAAGUGUGAGGAGUGGGUCCCCUCUCUGUUCGAGCAGGACUCCGUCACUGGGGAGUGGCAUUACCGCUAUGCCGACACCCGCCCGUGGGAUCCUCUGAACGAUAUGAUUCAGUUUGAGAAAGACGGCUGGAUCCAGACUAAGGUUCGCCACCGCACCCCUAUGGUGACGGGGCCAAAGAGAAAGCACAAGCAGAGCGACAAGCUGAAGAGCCCUGAGAGCGGCUGCUCCUCUCCUGAGCCCGACCGCCAAGACUCCUCUGGCAGCGAACGACACAAGAGCAAGCACACCAGCCGCUUAAGGAAGAAAGGAACGGACCUCAGUGAACUUCAAAGUGCCAUUGAUUCUAUAAAACAAACACAGGAGGACAUUAACAGGAGCAUCAGUGUGCUGCGUAGCCGAGCGGCGGGCCAGGCGGCCUCUGAGGGAGGCUUCCUCCAGCAGAGAGACUACGCCAUCAUCAUCUUCCUCAUCUUCGUGCAGGUCUUCAUCAACCUCCUCUUCAAGUAGCAGCCGCAGCAGCCAGAGCCCUCGGAGAGGGAGACAGACAGACACAGACAGAGAGAGAGUCACACAAACACACACACACACUCGUCCAACUCCAGGACUCUGCAGGGGGGGUCUACAGACCAAGGAGUCAGGGACUCUCCAGGACUCUGUGGGGGGGGUCUACAGACCAAGGAGUCAGGGACUUGACCUGCCUCCAAAACCCCCCAAACACGACCCCCGACCCCCCCUCACCCCUAAAAAGUCUCUCUUCUCUGAUGAACAUCCUAAACGAUGGGCCGCAACCACACACGUCCAGAACACAAGCCCUCCAGAGGAAGACGCGACACAUGAACACUGUUUUUAAAGUCUAUUUAUUUUUUAUUCGCUCGCUGUCACCACGGACAACUGUCGGAUCCAUAUUUUUCAAAAAGGCGACUGGGGCGAGGUGGUCAUGGCUUGAAAAGAGGAGUGUGGCAUAUCGUCUUCAACCUUUUCCCAUCCUAUGGAGUAUGAAAAGCUUGGGGCGUGAGCGCCGGGAUGGUGGAGGCCAUUUUAGUGAGAGAACAGAGCUGCGUGUCACCUUUGAGAAGGCUUUCUCCCCCACCCUCCUACAGCUCCCCACACACAGGGAAUGUGUUACACCGAAAUCAUGAAGAGUCAUGAAAAACAUGUUUUAUUUUAUUAUCAUUAUUUUUAUGAAGAUGUUUUUCUUUUCCCCUCUUUGUUUGGUGUGUCCUUUUUGUGAGUAGGCUUUGACUUGGAAAAAGGGAGCAGGGGGGAAAAAAACACGUUGAAGUGGUCCAAAUAUAUGUGACUUUUCUGAAUUCUUUUGAAAUGGCUUGAAUUUCUCAAUUGGACGGCAAAACAAGACCGGGAAACAAAUAAAGGAAGGCAAACUGUAACAAAGAAAGAAAGUUAAGAGAAUCAUUUCCUGAAUUCUUCAUUCUUAAUUUUCAAAGGAAAGACUCCUCUCAUAUUUUGCAUACAAGGACAAUGUAAAAACAUAGAUGCUUGACAUGAACUAUAUCUGAUUAGCAUGUAAGGUACGAGGAACGUUCUGUUGACUAUUACGCUAUGCUGUCUUAACGUUACUAUGAAAACUAGUCAAACACUUAGUAGUAUGGUGGGAGGGAGGAGGACGUGUACUUUUAGAGUUGCUAUUCUCACCAUUGUCGACAAAGCAGAAUAUUAGUUAGACAUCCAGAAGUUAGGCCAGCCAAACACGGUGUGUAGAGUAGAAUGGCAGUCCUUGCCCAGUGUAAAUAGUAAUGGGACUGUGUCACUGCUAGCAGUUGUGUCUUAUUCCAUGAGACCCCCACACACUUCCACUGCUGUGCGUGCUAGCCAGUCUCAAACACCCAUUGACCUGUGUGUCUUCUGUAUGUGGGCAGCGUGAGCGCGUGCGUGCGUGCGUGAGCGCGUGCGUACGUGUGUAUCAUCAUCACCGCCUCGUCACUCUCAUCUUAGCAGAAAAUAUAAAAGACAGAAGUUAGAAUGUGGUCAUGAAAUACUACAGUGCCUUUCUGAGCGGGGGAGGGGGCGGGUCUAGGGUUGGGGGG